UGUUGGGGUCGUUACCAUUGGCAGGACACAGGCCGCAGUGAUUUGGUAGCCGCUGCAGUCGGAGGAAGGACCGCGGUUCUACCCCCUCUAUCUUUUCGUUUCGUUUCGAAAUCAUUUUGGUGGAUUCCCCCUAGUCAGCGAUCAGUGAACCGAGCGUACAGCGACGCGUUCUAUGAUAACCGAGUCGUAGUGUUACCGACGGACAGUGAUACCAAUCGCCAUUUUAACCGCACGUUUUCCCUGACAGAAGCGCUAGCACAACAAUGGCUCUGAAAAGAAUUCACAAGGAGUUGAACGACUUGGCGCGGGACCCGCCGGCCCAGUGUUCUGCAGGACCAGUAGGAGAUGACAUGUUUCACUGGCAAGCCACAAUAAUGGGACCUAAUGACAGUCCUUACCAGAGUGGGGUUUUCUUCUUGACCAUUCACUUCCCCACAGACUACCCCUUCAAACCGCCAAAGGUUGCAUUUACCACAAGAAUCUACCACCCAAAUAUCAACAGCAACGGCAGCAUUUGUCUUGACAUCCUGCGAUCACAGUGGUCUCCGGCUCUCACCAUCUCCAAAGUCCUCCUGUCCAUCUGCUCUCUGCUGUGUGACCCAAACCCGGAUGACCCCUUAGUACCCGAGAUCGCCCGCAUCUACAAGACGGACAGGGAAAAAUACAACAAAAUAGCUCGGGAAUGGACACAAAAGUAUGCAAUGUAGUGUUGGAGUAGAAUCAUGACCAACCACCUCUAUGACAUAAGGUUAGGGGAGCUUCAGACGUAAAGAGAAAACAAACAAAAAACCAUACAAACAAAUGAAGUUUAAAACAAGAUCAUGUUGGUUUCCAUUGGAGUGCUUUCUUUGAGCCACGCCUCCCCUUCACCAGAGUACCUGUAAAACUCCCUCUGCCCCAACCCCCUACAUCUCUCUCUCUCUCUCUCUUUCUCUCAAUCUCUUUGACUCUGUCCUCUUCCUCUCAUCCCCCCCUCCUGCCUCUCAGCUCACCUGCCCACCCUCCAGUGUACAUAUUGUCAACUUGCAACGGUAACACCCACCUUUCCCUACUCUUUUUUUUUAUUUAAUUUUUUUUAUCUCCUCCCUCCUUUGUGACCUCUGACCUCCAUCUCUUGACUUCUGUAUUCCAUUACAAUUCGUCACGAUGCAGAUUUGGCUGUUGUGCCAGCCCAGACCCCCCCCCCCCCCCCCCCCCCCCCCCACCUAUACGCCUGCAUCCUCACCCAUCUUCCCCAGACGAUAAGUCACUAGAAGCAUUCCUUUGAGCAUCUGUAAAACUUUGAGCAGACCUUUUUCUUUAUUUUCCUAUUUUUUGUUUGUUUUUUUUAAGGGGGGAGGGAGACAAUAAUAUGGAGGGAUUUUUACACUCUGCAUCCUUUCUUGUUUUGUUGUCCUUGUGACUUCCAGCUGUCGAGGUGACAUUUCAAGAAAGCAGUUUAUCGCACGCGAGUCGAAGGGCACUCUGUAUUUUAUACAAUAAAUACCGAAAUCAUGCAGGCUAUGUAAAAAGGCCUCUUGUGGUCUUCUGUUAGAUUCUAUGAAAGGACUUGAACUUAUCCCCCACCCCACACCUCCUGCCCCACCCUGCCCCGAACCACCUUACCCAAGUUGACCCCUUUGUACACACACAUACACAUGUGCACGCACAACUAUAACCCCAUGUCACCCCCACCACUACCACCACGCUUUCUUUAUUCACAAAGUGGAGGUUCUGGACCAGGUAUUUAAGCAAUUUAUUUCUUAGUUUAACCUGUGUUUUUAUUCCCCACCCCCAUAACUCUUCUAGGUUUUUUUUUGUCUUUUUUUUUUUUUUUUUUUUUUGCUAUUGUAGAAGCUAACAUCUUAAAUGGCUAUGGGACUGGCUUGGGCUCUGGGUGCGAGGAGAACCCACUCUUCUUGCACAAAACCUCUGUAUAUUGAAUUACCUGAGAGGCUCGUUGAGCUUUGUGUGUUGAUUAAACUGUGUAAUAAAAAACCAUGACUCCUG